UCCGAAAAACCUCAAACCCAUCUACGGCGGCGUUCCACCUUCGUAUUUGCUGUCUCCGCGUCUCAAAUUAUUUCUUUCCUACUUCAUUAUUAAAAAAACCGAAAACGAGCAUAUAUCUUCCCUCUCGAUUUCUUUUUUUUUCUCUAUUCAACAAAAGCUCUGCGCUUAAAUCUUCAUCGUUCCACCUAAUCAUAAGAUCUUUGAAUAAAUAUAUAUACAGUCGCUGUCCUCAUUACGUGUAUUUGUUAGCAGCUAAGGGUCUGCUUGAGUAUUUCCUCCUUUCACUAUCAUCUCUUCUUCAAUGCCUCUUCUCCACUUCCAUUGAAUCCUUCAGACAGAUUUGUUCAAAAAGAAAGUGUUUUCCUCUCCCCCUUAAGAUCUGAGUCUCUUCCUCUGUAAGGAGGAUCUGCCAAAGCAAUGGCAUCCCAUAACCAUUUCACUAAAAGCCGCUCAAAUCUAUCGAACAUGUCCGACGCCAACGAUCCAGGGAGGCCGUCUGGUCCGGGCAAAGUCAAGUUCAUCACACGAAGAACCAACUCAGGUCGCUACGUCAACUACUCGAGAGACGACCUCGACAGCGAGCUCAGCAGCGCCGAGUUCGCCAGCUACACCGUCCACAUCCCUCCUACUCCAAAUAACAACCAGUUAAUGGACCCAUCCAUCUCCCAAAAGGUCGAAGAGCAGUACGUUUCCAACUCCAUGUUCACCGGAGGUUUCAACAGCGUCACCAAGGCUCACCUCAUGGACAAAGUGAUCGAGACCGAGACUAGCCACCCGCAGAUGGCUGGCUCCAAAGGAUCUUCCUGCGCCAUCCCCGGCUGCGACGCUAAGGUCAUGAGCGAUGGGAGAGGACAAGAUCUUCUCCCCUGCGAAUGCGACUUCAAAAUCUGUAGAGACUGUUUCGUUGAUGCGGUUAAAACCAACGGUGGGAUUUGCCCCGGGUGUAAAGAACAGUACAAGAACACUGAUUUGACAGACAUGGAGGAUGGGUAUGGUGGUCAGCGGGGGCUUCCGGGUCCUGAGGGUGGUGGUAGUAGUAGCGGUUCGAAGAUGGAGAGGAGGUUGUCGUUGAUGAAGUCGACUAGUAAAUCGGUUUUGAUGAGGAGCCAGACGGGGGAUUUUGAUCAGAACAGGUGGUUGUUUGAGACCAGUGGGACUUAUGGUUAUGGGAAUGCUUUUUGGACAAAGGAUGGGAACUUGGGGAGUAGUAGUAAGGAUGGUGAUGGUGAUGGUGAAGGUGAGGGUACAGAGAUGCAAGAUUUUAUGAGUAAACCUUGGAGACCGCUUACUAGGAAGCUCAAGAUUCCUGCUGGUAUUAUCAGUCCAUACAGGCUGUUGAUAUUUAUCCGUGUGGUUGUUCUUGCACUGUUCUUGAGUUGGAGGAUUCAGAAUCAAAACCAAGACGCUAUAUGGUUAUGGGGAAUGUCUGUAGUCUGUGAGCUUUGGUUCGCCUUUUCUUGGCUACUCGAUCAGCUUCCUAAGCUAUGUCCCAUCAACCGUGCAACCGAUCUCGAAGUCCUCAAGGAGAAGUUCGAAACGCCGACACCAAGCAACCCGACAGGAAAAUCUGACCUCCCUGGUCUAGACGUGUUCGUCUCAACCGCAGAUCCCGACAAAGAGCCUCCUCUGGUCACUGCCAACACCAUUUUAUCCAUUCUCGCAGCGGAGUACCCCGUCGAGAAGCUUUCUUGCUACGUAUCCGACGAUGGAGGCGCGCUUCUCACGUUUGAAGCCAUGGCUGAAGCCGCUAGCUUUGCGAACAUUUGGGUUCCUUUCUGCCGUAAGCACGUGAUCGAGCCGAGGAAUCCUGAGUCGUACUUUAGCUUGAAGAGAGAUCCUUACAAGAACAAAGUCAAGUCUGAUUUCGUCAAGGACAGGAGACGUGUGAAGCGUGAGUACGAUGAGUUCAAAGUCAGGAUCAACGGCUUGCCUGAUUCCAUAAGGAGACGUUCUGAUGCUUAUCACGCUAGAGAAGAGAUUAAAGCCAUGAAGAUGCAGAGGCAGCAGAACAGAGACGAUGAGCUUUUGGAGCCUGUCAAGAUUCCUAAAGCUACUUGGAUGGCUGAUGGUACUCACUGGCCUGGUACUUGGUUGACUCCUGCUACUGACCACUCCAGAAGUGACCACGCUGGUAUCAUUCAGGUGAUGUUGAAGCCACCGAGUGAUGAGCCAUUACACGGAGUAUCCGAAGGGUUUCUCGAUCUAACUGACGUGGACAUCCGACUUCCCCUCCUCGUCUACGUCUCCCGCGAGAAGCGACCUGGUUACGACCACAACAAGAAAGCAGGAGCCAUGAACGCUCUAGUAAGAGCCUCUGCCAUAAUGUCGAACGGAGCGUUCAUACUCAACCUCGACUGCGACCAUUACAUAUACAACUCCGAGGCCAUGAGGGAAGGCAUGUGCUUCAUGAUGGACCGAGGAGGAGACCGUCUCUGCUACGUCCAGUUCCCGCAGCGGUUCGAAGGUAUCGACCCCUCUGAUCGGUACGCUAACCACAACACCGUCUUCUUCGACGUCAACAUGAGAGCUCUCGAUGGGCUUAUGGGUCCGGUCUACGUUGGAACCGGUUGUCUCUUCAGAAGGAUAGCUCUCUACGGGUUCGAUCCCCCUCGGUCCAAAGAGCAUUCCUCUGGUUGCUGUGGUGGUCGUAAGAAGAAGAGUCGUGUCUCCGAGGAGAACAGAGCACUGCGUAUGGAUGAUGAGGAGGAGGACGAGGAGAUGAGUCUUUCCUUAGUCCCAAAGAAGUUCGGUAACUCAACGUUCCUUAUAGACUCCAUACCCGUCGCUGAGUUCCAAGGCAGGCCUUUGGCGGACCACCCGUCAGUUAAAAACGGGCGCCCGCCCGGUGCACUCACCAUCCCGCGCGAGCUUCUCGAUGCAUCAACAGUAGCCGAAGCCAUCGCUGUGAUCUCUUGCUGGUACGAGGAUAAGACCGAGUGGGGAUCACGUAUCGGUUGGAUCUACGGGUCGGUAACCGAAGACGUUGUGACCGGUUAUAGAAUGCAUAACCGGGGGUGGAAGUCGGUUUACUGCGUGACGAAACGUGAUGCAUUUAGAGGCACUGCUCCUAUUAACUUGACGGAUAGGCUCCACCAGGUUCUCCGCUGGGCUACUGGCUCGGUGGAGAUCUUCUUUUCGCGUAACAACGCGCUUUUCGCUACCUCUAAGAUGAAGUUCCUUCAGAGGAUAGCUUACUUGAACGUCGGCAUCUACCCGUUCACCUCCAUCUUCUUGAUCGUCUACUGUUUCCUUCCAGCUCUUUCUCUCUUCUCUGGUCAGUUCAUCGUCCAGACGCUUAACAUCACUUUCCUAGUCUACCUGCUCAUCAUCUCCAUCACUCUCUGCUUGCUGGCCUUGCUGGAGAUCAAAUGGUCUGGGAUCUCCCUGGAGGAAUGGUGGAGAAACGAGCAGUUCUGGCUCAUCGGUGGGACCAGCGCCCACCUCGCGGCGGUCAUCCAAGGCUUGCUGAAAGUCGUGUUUGGACUCGAGAUCCAGUUCACGCUCACGUCAAAGUCGGGAGGAGACGACGUGGACGACGAGUUCGCGGAUCUGUACAUGGUGAAGUGGACCUCGCUUAUGAUCCCACCGAUCACGAUCAUGAUGGUGAACUUGGUAGCCAUCGCGGUGGGGUUCAGCAGGACGAUAUACGCGGUGAUACCUCAGUGGAGUAAGCUGAUAGGAGGAGUGUUCUUUAGCUUCUGGGUGUUGGCUCAUCUCUAUCCUUUUGCUAAAGGGUUGAUGGGGAGGAGAGGGAGGACGCCGACGAUUGUUUAUGUUUGGUCUGGUCUUAUUGCUAUUACGAUAUCUCUUCUUUGGGUUUCUGUUAGUCCGCCUCCUGGGACUACUGGUAUUGGAGGAUUCAGUUUUCCAUGAUAGGUUUUGUUGGUUCGUUGAGUUCCUUCUUCUUCUCACAAAACAUUGGUCUUUUUAUUUUGCUGUAGUAAAAUAACGUUCGUUUAUUAGAUUUUUUGUUUCUAUGUCUGGUAAGAAUAUUGAUGAUGGGUGGUCAUGUUUAGAACAGAGAUCAGCUUAAUAUAGAACUUAGUAGUUUCUCUUGUU